AUGCUUUUCAUAGCAGGAUUUGUUUUCAUCUACUAUACGAUAUGGGCACUAUUACUUCCAUUCUUAUCUUCUGAUUCGCCGGUACAAUCACUCUUCCCCGCAAGAGAGUGGGCAAUCAAACUUCCUUUGUUGAUCUUACUGUCGGGUAUAUCAGCUGUAGGGUUAUUCUUCGCCAGAGUCAUGUUGAGUGAAGCCAGAAAGAAGGCGGUCAAAGGUGGAAAAAAGGUUUAA